AGAGUCCAUGUUCCGAGAGAUGCGGGGGGGAGUUGGAGGAUUGGUCGGGCGACAAGCCCUCUCCCUCGGCCUGGCCGGCGCCGUGUCCGCCCCUCUCGCCGGGCUGCGGCCCUGAGCCGGCGCCGCCCACUCCGGAGCCGGGGGAGGAGGGUGAUGUUUCCUUCCCCGCUCGCUGUGGUGCGGUCCCGGGGCGGGGCGGAGCGGAGUGGCAGCGGCGUGAGGCGCUGUCAGUGCCGGGUCCUGCAGCUCCGCGGAAGGAAGCGCCCAGAGCCCGCAGCAUGGAGCCGCACCGCUGGCUGCCCCUGGAGGCCAAUCCCGACGUCAUUAACCAGUUUCUCAAACAGUUAGGUAUACAUCCUGACUGGCAAUUUGUAGAUGUGUAUGGUAUGGAUCCAGAACUACUUAGCAUGGUGCCAAGACCUGUCUGUGCAGUGCUACUUCUCUUCCCAGUAACAGAAAAGUAUGAAACAUUCAGAACAGAAGAGGAAGAGAGAAUAAAAGCCCAGGGACAAAAUGUCAGAUCAUCAGUAUAUUUCAUGAAGCAAACCAUCAACAAUGCUUGUGGAACAAUUGGACUUAUACAUGCUAUCGCAAACAACAGAGAUAAAAUGAACUUCGAAUCAGAUUCUACACUGAAAAAAUUCCUGGAGGAUUCAUUACCUAUGAGUCCUGAAGAGAGAGCCAAAUAUUUAGAAACCUAUGAAGCUAUUCGUGUUACCCAUGAAUCCAGUGCCCAUGAAGGUCAGACUGAGGCACCAAGCAUAGAUGAAAAAGUAGAUCUUCACUUUAUUGCGUUAGUUAACGUAGGCGGUCAUCUCUAUGAAUUAGAUGGGCGCAAACCUUUUCCAAUAAACCAUGGACAAACUAGUGAUGACACUUUUUUAGAGGCUGCAGUAGAAGUUUGCAAGAAGUUCAUGGAACGUGACCCAGAAGAAUUAAGAUUUAAUGCAAUUGCUCUGUCUGCAGCUUAAUUAUCCCAUUUGGAAAAGCUGCACCACUAAUAUAUUGUAACAAAAUAAAAAUAUUGCCAUAUAUUAUGUAUGACUUUUGAUACUUUCACUAACAUGUUGAUGAAUUUGAGCAUAUGUGGAUUAAAUCUUGAAUUAGUCUUUA